GGGGAGGCGCCGCCCGCCCGCCCCAACAAAGCCGCGCAGUAACCCCAACUUCCCGCUGUCAGGGCGGGGGAAGCGUUGCGGCGGCUGGGCACGCGUGGGCGGGCACUAGGAGCCGGAGCAAGCUAGGGCUGGCCGGGAUCCUGCCAAAGCGAAGCAUAGGCGGAUUCCGCAGCUCCCCGCCUGGUUGUCUCUGCGGCCGUCACUGGGACAACCGUGGCCGUGGCUUACCGCUGCCCUGCGUAAGCUGCGCUAGGCCCCUCCCCCUGGGUUAUGUUUAGAAGAGAGGAAGUUUCUACUGUAUAAUUCUGUGUCCAAGCUCAUCUGUUGAUACUUCCUUUGUAACUCCAUGAUAAAUUAAGCUUUAGACAGUAUCAGUUUGCUUACCACAUCAUUGGGAUCCAAAGGCCACUUCUAAGAAAAUGUGGACAGCCAUGAGUCUUCAUAGUGCUCAAAUACUGUUGCUUCAGUUGAACAGUGGAGGACGGUGUAGUUGCACAUUUCCAAAAACUCAGCAGUUCUGGGUUGGAAUUCUGAAGUAUUGCACUGUAAGGGUACCACAUAACAGAGCUAAAUUUGAGGUUUCCAAGGUAAAUGAUAAACAAUCAGUAGUAGAUACAGGAAUGGCUACUAGUGGAGAAGAAACUAAAAUAGCUGCUAAAAGGCUCCGUGGAGUAUAUGAUGGAAACCAGCAUUCAUUAGAAGCAAAAAUGAAACAUAUCAAUCUGUCAUUUGCAGCUUGUGGUUUUCUCGGUAUUUACCACUUGGGGGCAGCAGCUGCUUUUUACAGGCAUGGUAAGAAGUUACUGAAAAGUGUGAAAGCUUUUGCGGGAGCUUCUGCAGGAUCACUGGCUGCCACUGUCUUAUUAGCAGUACCAGAAAAUAUAGAGAAGUGUAAGCAGUUUGCCCAUGGAUUUGCAGAGGAAGUUAGAAAAUUGAACUUCGGUGCUGCAACACCUGGUUAUGAUUUUAUGAAAACACUUAGGGAAGGCAUAGAGUCUAUUCUUCCUUCUAAUGCUCAUGAGAUUGCUGAGAACCGUCUCUAUGUGUCAGUCACUAACACCAAAAAUGGGGAGAAUCACUUGGUUUCUAAUUUUGCCUCCAGGGAGGACCUCAUUAAGGUCCUUUUGGCAAGUAGCUUUAUACCAGUGUAUGCAGGAAUUAAGCCAGUGGAAUAUAAAGGAGAGAAGUGGGUUGAUGGUGGCUUUACCAAUGGCCUUCCUAUCUUACCUGUUGGAAGAACUGUGACGAUUUCUCCCUUCAGCGGUCGAUUAGAUAUAUGUCCACAAGAUAAAGGACGUGUGGAUCUUUACGUAAAACUUGCAAAACAAGAUAUCAUGCUGUCUCUGGCCAACCUAGUAAGACUUAAUCAAGCUUUGUUUCCACCAAACCAGGAGAAAAUGGAAUUGUUGUACCAAAAUGGAUUUGAUGAUGCUGUAAGUUUCUUACUAAAAGAAAACUGGUUUGAAUAGAUGGUAUAUUGAAAAUUAACAGAACCUGAUGUCUGUCAAAACACAUCUAUGGGCAUCAUAUAGAAUCUCAGGGAUUACUGUUCCAAUUCCUGUUCAUGAAAAUACAAAUCCCAAUGGAACUGUCUCUGCUUCUACCGAGAAAGUAUGAGUUACACCCCAAGGACUUGUAUAAACAUGUCAGAGUGGGAAUCUUACUUGCCUGGUAGUGGCCUUAUUUUAAAGAGGUUAAAGCUUAGAUUCAUUUUGCUUUAGCUGAGGACUUGAGUGGGAUUUAUAGUAAAACUCAUGUUGACAUGAUUACAGAAAUUGGGAAAAGUCUCUUUCAAUGUUAUUAGAAAGAAAAAAUCAGUGUUGUACUGUGAAAAAUGACAAUCUGUGUUAUCUUAAUGUAAUAGUUGUGCUAAUUGGAUGCUUGCAAUAUGCAGAUCUAUUAUGUAUCUUGCAGUGUUCUAAAGGACUCAAACAACACUACUCACAAGAAAUAAACAUUUGCACUCUGAUUUGUGUAUUUUUUACCAAAAUUGGAAGUGAUAGUUGAAAUUCAUAACAGAAGUAUCAUGUUUGAAUGUAAAAACACCUUGUUAAAGAGAAUAUAAGAAAUUGUUGUAUUUAUUGUGUUUUCUUUCUCUGCUAAAGUGUAAUAAAUAUAUUUUCUUGAAA